ACUGACAAGUGACCUUUCCGCACCGUCGCUUCUGUAUAUGUUAUCAGUUUAACGGUUGAAUCGACACUUUCACCUUGAGUGUAUAACACGCGAGACUUUAGUGGUCAACGGCGCUGGUCUCAGUUGCGACGCCGUUUUUUGUGUGCUCAUCGCUUAGCCGUCGCGCUUGCUGCACAUCAUCGCAGCUGGUUUCAUGCAACUGGGGCGGCAAUGCGGGGUGCUCGCAUAUAGGCUUGGGCGCUUCCGGCCAGUCGCGGUGCUGGGCCCCCCUCUGCGCGUGGUACACCGCAGGCGGUGUUCAUCAGUAGCAGCGCGCUCCUCGCGGCCUCACCGCGUCUCGGCUGCAGACGCCGUCCCUCCCGAUGGUGCCUCCUCCUCCGGAAACGGCGUGCCCAACCCUUCUGGCCACAGUGGCCAUCGCCCGGCGCCCAGCAGCGCUGCCCUCAAGACUGUGGACGAGCUGAACAGCGCCCCGGGCAGCCCGGACGUCCACCCCUGGCACGAGCGGUUCGAUGUGAAGGAGGACCGCGUCAUUUACAAGCGGUACGUGACUGUGUACGACCGGGCCGUGGAGUUCACGUCAGAUGACGGGCAGCCACACACGCUUCACUAUGACGUAGUUGGGCACCCUCAGAGCCACCACCAGUUCUCCUGCUCCUUCCCCUUCCACCCCGCCACCGCCACCACGCCGGCGCAGGUGACGGUGGUGCACGAGUAUGCGCAGGGCCCAAACGCACUGAUGUACUCGCUGCCGUGCGGCGGCUUUGAUCCGCGGAAGCAUAAGAGCCUGCGGGAGUGCGCCAUCGCCGAGAUGAGGGAGGAGGCCAUGCUUGUGGGCGGCGAGGUGGUGGAGCUGCUCCCGGAGGGCCACCCGGGGCAGAGCGAGCUCAAGUGGAGCCGCAACAAGUUCAAGCCCUUCCUGUUCAUAGACCCCCAGCCCGACCCCUCUGGCCACGCCGCUCGGGACGCAGAGGAGCACACCAUCGAGGUCAUGCGCGUCACCAUCCCCGAGCUCUACCGCCUCAUCCACAGCGGGAAAAUGAUGCUGCCGAGCGUGUACGCGGCGUUCCUGUCGUUGGAGGUGCUCAAGGCGCGCAAGCUCAUAUGAUGAUAGCAUGUGCGCGUGCAUGGGGCCGGCGGCGGCGUCGGCGGCGUGCGGCUUGCUGUAUGAGGGCAGGCGCCGGCGCCGCCGUCAGUGUGGCGGUGGCGGGGCUAGGCGACGGCGCUGCCCGGGGCAGUUUUCACGCAGGCGUGGGCGCGACGGACGACAGCUGGUCGGUCAUCAUUCGUGGCCAGCCGCGGCCGUGGUUGGCAGUGCUGGUAGCGGUGCCGGUAGCGGUGGGUGCAGGCGUGAGUAGACUGGUGUGUGAUGGCGGGCGUACGGGUGCGUGGGUGCAGGCGGCUAUGGCUGGAUUACUACUGUACUGCAGGCAGGAGGAGGUCAAUUGACGGCAAGCGUGCGCGGGUACCGUACGGCAU